GGAAGAGGAAAAAGAGGAGGAGGUGAUAGUGAUGUGGAGGAGGAGGACUCACUGCUGCUGAUGCUGAUGAGAGAGCGAGCGAGCCAGCGCGAGAGAGAGAGACUUCAUUUUCGGUGACCAAACACAACAGCUCCCACCGUUGCCAUCAUGGAGUUCGCUGUUUUUAUUUAACAUUGUUUUCGUUUUACAUCGCAACCUGACGACGCAGCUCGCUGUGUCCGGUACAGGUGAUCAUUCUCCGGCCGAAGAUAACGAAGGAAUUUGACGUCUGGAAUCGUCACUCGCUCAGUCGCUAUGGCCUGCGGUGCCAUUGACCGACACAGGUGGAUUUUCGCUCUCAUUGACACGAAGAAGAGACAUUGAAACUGGACAGAGGAGAAGCGGUGAGGACGGCACAAUUUUCGGAAAAAAUACCAGACGCCACUCUUUUUUUUUACCGAGAAAAUGAAGGGAAACUGAGCUUUUUAUGAGACAGCGAGUCUGAGCUAAUAGGCUAAUUCCGCUAGCUACUCCGUUAGCCCCAUCCUUUCCGUACAAGUGGGAUGCUGGAAGGUGAGGUUGAGCGUAUUUGUACAAAAAAUGUGGACGAGUCUUAUACUGUUUGGUUAAAAGGGGUGAUUAAAUCACCACUGCGGCUCGUGCAGGGUUCAGAUCCAGCGGUCGCCUGGCCAAAUUAGCUCCUCCAUGGAUGACAUGAGGUAAUGGUCUAAUGUUGACAAACAGAUGUGACUGAACGCAUUAGUUCAAGUCAUUCGAACGUAAUUUUAAAAAAUCUGUAUCUCGUCCAUUUGCGACCUGUAAGGACAAUAGUGAUGUUGAAUGUGCUAGAGCCAAAACAUUAAGACAUCAACCGGUGGAUUGGGAAAUAGUGGGUCCCAAUACACAAAGCUGGACACAGUGAAUUCGAAGAAUUAAUAAAAGAAAUAAUAAGUUUCUGUCCUACUCUAGUUGAUAAUAGUGAUUAUUUCUGUAAUUGGGAAUUUGAAAUUGUGUUAAAACCAGUCACGGCUUCCUAAAAUUGUCUAGUCUAGUGACUAUCAUAAAUGUUUGGUGUUUAAUUUAAUAUUGAUUAGUCUUCCAGUCCUUAAGUCAUCAGUUGCAAGCAAUUUGCCUUAUUCAGUGAUUCUACACUUGUGAAGAAGUCACCAGAAGUCAGAGGAAUGAAAAAUUAUAGAUUAUUUUAUCAAGAUGGCAUUUUAUUUUUUAGUUUAUAUUUGCUAAAAUACCGCCUGCUUGAUGUAUAGUUAGAAUUGAAGUGUGUGUGAUGUCAUUAGCAAGUCGGAUGAGGAAUUUCACUUUGGCUCCUUUGCACAAAUCUGAUGAGUUCAGUUUGUCACGACUCUGAAAUGUUGUGAAAGUUGGUGUAUGCGUGAAGGAUCAUUUACUGAGGUUACAGCGACAGUCAUCUGUUCAGUAUCACUUCCUGUAAGAAUACUUUAAUGUCAGAGGUAACAGUGAGCAUGGACAGCUCACACAGCUCCCUCUGCAUUUAACCAAAAGUGUGUGGUGCUAUUUAGAAACAUGGCAUAUAAAGUGAAAAGCAGGAUCUUGACGACAGCCGUGAGAUAAGACAUCAUUGUCCACAUUUUUGUGUAUAUAACCAGGUCAAAUGGAGCCGACAGUUCUGUCUGCCCCUCUGGGCCACAAACAGUGGGAGUCAGAGCAGACAUUUCCUCACGGAUUUCACACUCUGGAUUCAGACAACAGAGGUGUGCUCUGUCAAAACACAGGUGACCGAACAGGUUUGGACUUCAGAGACACUGACCACGAGCAGAAAAACUAUCAAAGGGAAGAAGUCAAUGAUUUCCAGGCAAAGCCAGUUGAACUGGGUAGCUUUAUGAAUAUCUCAAAUUUUUCUCUUGGGGAUUUACAGUUUGAACCCAACAAGUCCACGCUUAUUUCUGCUUCUGACCAUAGUCCAUCUCUGGAGGAGUUGUCUUACAUAGAAAAAACUGACAGAACUGGUGAUAACAUCGAUGCAGAUUUAUCAUGGUUAUUUCCUUCCAACCUCACUGACGUGGUUGGAAAACACUCUGCUUCUACUCAUCUGGAUCUAACAUGUGAGAAAUAUCAGGAGGACCUUGAAGCCCCCUGUGGCCAGGAUGAGUUAAUAACCCUCAGUGUACCUGUCUCUCCCUCAAAGGUCUCAGUAGGAACCCCUGAGACCAAUGUAGGAGAUCCAUUUUUGUUGGUAGAUCUUCUCUCAGAUGAACCUGUUUGUCUUCCCACUGGUGAGUUCAACCCACUGGGUGUCAGUGAGGAGCUGAUAGACCUGUCACAGGAGGACCAGGCUUGCCUCCCUCCCUCCCAGAGCAGUGACACAUGGUCACCUGAAACCAGAGACAAAGGUUUAUUCCCUGAUCAAGUGACUGACCUGCCUGUAGGUGGUAGAACUAUUGCUCAAGACUUACGUGAGGGCUGCUUCUCAGAAAACCACAUGAGCACAUCUGCAGAGUUUUUUGAAGGAUCUCUACCUUUGUUGGAUUCAGUGGUUCCAGAUUAUGACAACAGUCUGAACCUUUUUCCUGAUAGUCCUGUCUCUGUAACCCCCACGACUGUACUUCCACAUUUACUGACACAGGAGUCAGGGGUGCAACAAGGAGAAGCUGGUGUUAUUAGCAAGUUGGCAUCCGAGCAACAGGGUGAGAAUGAAUCAUGUGCUGUGGGUUUGUCAGAUGAACCUUCUUCACAGGCUGUGACUCUUGCUGAAGAUGCCCUCAUCCAGGGUGACAUCACUACUGAGUGUUACUCUUUGAAGGAUGAAUUUAAAGAUGUGAUGGAGGACAAAAUUUGUUCUGAAGCCAAAACUCAGGAGAAUGAGACAAUGGCUUUGGAUUUGUGCUUCACUGCUGAUGAGGUUCCUGACCAUGAGACCUGGGACUUGAAAGCACUGGAGGAUUUACAGAGCAGAAGUCUUCCAGAAUCAACAGCUGAACAGACGGACGAGUAUGGCGUGACGGCCAGUAACAUGCUUAAAGAAUCAGACUUUCAUGAGGUAACCUCUUUGGAGUUUUCUGUCCAUGACUUGACCACAUCUUCUCCCGAGGCUGGAUGGACUAGUGAGCAAGAUGUGGAGACACUGUCGCUCUCUAAGAUGGUGGUAGAUGAUUCACUGCCAAUGGUUUCAGCUGACAACACAAGAGAGGAAGAUGUCUCCCCUCUGAAAGCUGUAUUUGACGCUUUGGACCAAGAUGGAGAUGGCUUUGUUCGGAUUGAGGAGUUUAUGGAGUUUGCUGCUGCCUAUGGGGCUGAUCAGGUGAAGGAUCUGACCAAGUUCCUGGAUCCUAGUGGCCUGGGAGUGAUUAGCUUUGAAGACUUUCACCGAGGAAUUUCUGCAAUCAGCAAUGGAGGUCCAGAGCCACAACUGUACAACGUCAACUACAGUCCUGGAGAUGGAGCUGUGGGCUGUUCUGAGGAGUACGACGAGCAAAAUGAGGUGACGGACAGUGCAUAUUUGGGCUCAGAGAGCACAUACAGUGAGUGUGAGACCUUCACUGAUGAGGACACAGGGGCACUCGUACCUCCAGAAAUGCAUGAGGACGUGGAGACGGACAGCGGCAUCGAGGCGACACUGCAUGACACUGAAGAUAGAGGAAAUAGGUUUUCCCUGAACUCGGAGCUCCACAAUCACUCCCUGGUGACAGUCAUUGGUGGAGAGGAGGAGCACUUUGAAGACUUUGGAGAAAGUAAUACCUCAGAGUUGCUGCUAGAGAGCACUGUGGACGGCACAGAGGGGGAGGGGGAGGCCCCACUCGCUCAGCCGCUGGAGCAGGUCGAUGGCUCUUCACUCCUGUCGCCCAGUGCACCUGCUCCUCUCCCUGACUGCUUUCAGAGCUUCCUCAGGGAGGAGGCGCUGGACUUUUUCUGUAGCCAGUGUCACAAACAAAUAAGUCGUCUCGAGGACCUGUCCACUCGCCUCAAUUUCCUAGAGAUGACUAGUGCUGGUAAGAGACUGUCCAGCAAGAAAGUUGCGAGACAUCUCCUCCAGAACAGCUCCAUGACUCUGGACACCAUGAGUGACCUAACGCGGGACAUUUUAGAACAUGCAGACAAUGACAUCACAGACAAGGUUCUCCUCCUUGAGAGACGAGUGGCGGAGCUGGAAAAGGAGUCGGAGGCUUCGGGGGAGCAGCACGCAAGGCUUCGUCAGGAGAACCUCCAGCUGGUCCACAGGGCCAAUGCCCUGGAGGAGCAGCUAAAGGAGCAGGAACUCCAUGCAGACGAGACACUACAGCAGGAGGCACGGCGAAACAAGGAGGCCAUGAGCAAACUGGAGAGGGAGAGAGGGCUGGAGCUGGAGAACCUGCAGGGCAGGCUGCAGCAGCUCGAUGAAGAAAACAGCGAACUACGAUCCUGUGUUCCUUGUCUACGAGCAAACAUUGAAAGACUAGAAGAGGAAAAGAGAAAGGUUCAAGAUGAAUUUGAAGUUGUGUCUGACCGGCUAAACGACGAAACAGAGAUGCGCAGGAAGAUGGGCGACAAGCUGAGCCAUGAACGCCACCAGAACCAGAAGGAGAAAGAAUGCACACAGGAGCUAAUUGAAGAUUUACGUAAACAGCUUGAGCAUCUUCAGCUUUACAAGUUAGAGGCAGAGUCAAAGAAAGGUCGAUCACCUGGUGCAGGUCUGCAGGAGUAUCAGACCCGGACCAGAGAAGCUGAACUGGAGCAAGAAAUCAAACGGCUCAAACAGGACAACCGCAGUCUGAAAGAACAGAAUGACGAGUUGAACGGUCAGAUCAUCAACCUAAGCAUCCAGGGAGCCAAGAAUCUGAUGUCGGCGUCUUUCUCCGACUCUCUGGCUGCUGAGAUCAACUCUGUGUCUCGUUCAGAGCUGAUGGAGGCCAUCCACAAACAGGAGGAGAUCAACUACAGACUCCAGGACUACAUUGACAAAAUCAUCGUGGCCAUCAUGGAGUCAAACCCCUCCAUCCUCGAGGUCAAAUAGAAACCACAAGAGGGAGAGUGCUGCCACCUGCUGGAGACAAAUACUUGCAAACCUACCUACAGAGGAUGUAAAAACAUUAAAAAAAACAAUAACAAAAUGUUCCACAAACAAAACAAAGAGUUCCAAGAAUUUGACACUUUUAGGACUACGUUGAUGAGGGUAGAACAGAUUUUUUUUUUUUUCAGUCAGAUUUGCUCAAAUCUGUACUUGUGAAACACUUGGGUUCUAGUGACGUCCAUGUAUUUGGUUAGAGGGACCUGGGUUUCCCCUGCUGCGUGAGUGAAUGCAUAAAUGUGAACAAAAAUUCAGUGUGGUUCAGAGAAGACAGUGGCGCCAACCCCUUUCAAACAAUUAGUGACGGUUAUACCUGAAGUCCCUUAAAGAAAGGUUAUCAAAAGUUGAGGUUAUGAUUCCAGACGUGACUCAGUUAAGUCACUGAGCUGCUGUCUUUUGAUACAGGCUGAGUUGUGUUUCAUCCUCAGUGAUAAAACCAUAUGAAGCUCUGGUCAGGAGAUGAAAAUAUUUUGUCUUUAAUAAGUUAAAAGCUUGCAGUGCUGCCUGACAUGCACCCAAACACUGUGUCCUGUCCUUUCAAGGUCAACUGUCUUUCCAGUGAACCCAGGUGAGGGACAUUUCUCUGGGUAGAGAAAUGCCCGAAGGGUAUAAAGUGUGUGUGUGUGUGUGUUUGUUUUUGUGUGUAACAGGUUUUUUUUAAAAAAAGCUUAAUGACACUACAAAAUGAAACAAGAAAGGCACAGACUCCUAAAUGAAGGAGUAUGUUGUGCUUUUUUAUUCCUCUUAAAUUUGCGUCAUCUCUUUUAUUUUUACAAUGAAACGGGGGUCCUGGAGCUUAGGUGGGCUGGAAGAUGAAAAUGAGCGGUUAUUGGCUUUUACUUCACUUGGUCUAUUCGGCACUUCAAUGUGAAGUGACUGCAUGAAACCAACAAAAACAUUACCCACAUUUGUAUUUGGAAACAGAGUCCAUUAUAGUUGAACAGGUUUUGUUAGGAGGAAGAUCUAAGACUGAGUUUUUUUGCUAUUCCUAGUGGUGUGCGAACACAGUCUAAUAAACCUAUUGGAGUAGGCAGAUUGUGCACUCACCACCUAGUGGGCUCACAAUAUUAUCGCAAAUGUAAUACAACAUCAGUGAGUACUUUACAAGAGCCCAUUAAUCUUUUAUGAUUCGUAGCACUUGUAUUGAAAAUGUCAGCAUUUUAAAAAGGCAACUUUAAGACAUCUAUCCUAUAAUGCCAAAACUGUUGGUGGUAAAGGUUGUGUUUGACCAAGGGUCUACAUUUCAGCAUACACUCCUAAUAGAAAUUAUUGCCAAGUUUCUACUUUGAGUGAAAUCGAGUGAUGUGUGAAGUUUUUUUCAUACCUCAGCCCACCUGACCCCAGUGUUCUCUUGCUGAGUGAAAGUUAUGGAGAGCAAACUGAUUCAGGUUACCAGGUUAUUUGUCUUUUUUGUUUUUUUUUUUGUUAUAGCUCUUUUGCUGCACAAGUGAUUUAUCGUCACUAAAAAUGAAAUUGUGACUGAAUAAUACUGACGACAUUCAGGAGGUUGUGAAGUGAAGAAUCAAAUAGUUUGCACUAAGUUUUGGUUUUGUUUGAUUUCUGUGUUAUCAUUGAAAAACCUGCUAUUUGUGAAGGGAUCAAAUUGUGAAAUGGAAUAUAAUAUAAGGCCUGUAUCAAGAUGAUGGAACUGUUACUUCAUCGUCUCAUGGACAAAUGGGAGGAAAUUGUCUACGAAUGUUGUCUACGAGUGACAUUUUCCAGAUUACUGGCCAGUUUCAAUUUGUCCUGCACUUGAAGUGUGAAACAUUGAAGGGAGAAGUAGACUUGAGCAAUAAUAGUGCUUGACAGGAUAGUGGACACUGGUGGGAAGUAGGUUGAACAAACCUGCUCUUCAAUCAUUCUUCUCGAGCAACAACUGUGUUUUCAAAAACGGAUUUCUCACCUAAAGCUGAUCUUUGCGGUUGUGAGAACCCAGUUCUUUCUCUGACUCUGAAACUGGACACAGAUAUUAAGUUAACCAAGUGGAUCACAGGCUGGAUUGAAGGAUUCACAUCUGAAGGAAUGGGAAAUUAAUUCUUGUCUAAAUGGCAUGGCAUUUGCACCGAUACACUAAAUGGAAAUCCUAUUUUUCACCCACUUCACCUUGAAACUGAUAUCUCCCACUUCUCUACCUGCCGCUGUGUGGAAUAAUGGCCUUGGAUGUAAAUGUACUUGUAAAGUUUUUUCUACACUCAUUCUAGAUUCUAGGUAUUUUUAUAGAUGGGAGAGAAAUGAAAUAUUUGCUUUUUUCUUGUCUUACGCUGGGAGACGGCUGCUUGUAUUCUUUAGCAUGUAGCGUGUACAGUAUCUGUUUCUGUUUUCCUGUUUAACACAGUAAUUUAUUCAUCACUGAACACAGACACAAAGUCACACGCUGUGAUUUGUUCUGAUGAGGGUGUAUUUGUACAUUUGGAGUUCACAAAGGGAGAUGACAUUGACAGAGAGAGAUUAUACUGAAAGUGAAAAUGUUUAAUAUGAAGUUUGUUUUGUCCUUGGGCUGAGCUUGAACACGUGACCUGCCCAGAAAGGUUGUUGUGAGGUCAUGCUCUCUUCCAUAGAGCUGAAAAUGCGUCUUUGACGUUAGGUACAGUAAAUGGAAGAGGAGUCUGCAGAUUCUACUGUUGUCUUCCUGGGAUUCAGGUACUGCAUGGUAAUCGAUAGCUAUUGUAUUUCUCAAAUUUCAUUUUUUUGACCUUUUUUUUUGACUGACGAAUCAUAUCCUGUAAUACCUGACAAAAACUGGUCAACACAGAAAACCUCAUGUCCAGGUUUGCUGAGUUCCUAUUCCUGACUCUCACUAAAACUGUAACUUUAGGUGAUAAACUUUUUUUCAAACUCUUUUUUCAGACAGUAAAACAUGAGAACUUAGUUCAGUAAAACAUACAACUGGCAAGAGAGAGAGAACACAGAGCUGAUCAAACAUUCCCUUUUAGCAGAGCUGAAAGUGUGACUGCACUUUAGACGGAUCCAGUUUCUCCACUUUAUCACCACUUUUUCAAACUGACCAAAGAAUCGACACUCAUUAUAAUAUUUCUGAAAACACCUUUUUAUUCUAACAAAUCACAAAUUGACACUCUCAAUGUUUUCAUCACGGGGAAAAGGAGAAACUUACCUGCUAGUCCAAACACUGUGCCUCUGUGUCUCAAACUUUGCCUCACACACUUGUUGAUUACCCCAGGUAGAAAAUAAAAGCACUGACCAUGGGACCGUCAGUUUGUUGAACUAUAACAAUGGAGCCUGAACUGUAAAUAUGUCAAACGGUCAUUUUUGUGAACUCUUUUCUUUCUCUCUUAAGGUCACUCCCAGUGUCCAAAGACACGUUUGCUUGAGGCAUAAUCAGUACCACAUAAGUGGUGUACAGUUGGCUAUUGAGUGAUGCAGGAUGGUUAAAGGAGAAUACUGUAAAGAGAAAUAUAAAAAGGUAAAUUAAUUCUUAUUUUCAAAGAUAAAUAUAUAAAUUAUAAUACUAUUGGUUACAGCUGUAUAUUAUUUUUGAACUUCCCCACAUGAUCUAAUCAUAAUUGUUAUUGGGGAAUAGAAUUUCACUCGGUGUAAAAAGAGAAAUUUAAAGGUAAGCAGUGAAAGUAAGACUAAUAAAAAAUAUAUGAAAAA